CCCCAACAUACAUCUACUAUAUGACAUUUAAGAAGAUACGAUAUGCGCCAUGUACAUAUGAAUGAAUGCGAUGGUUUGUUUGUGGGGACAUUCAGGACCCCAGAAAAGACACAUAGUGGUUUAAAGGUUUACGAUUGAGAGCAUGACGUAGCAGCAAAACAAGCCCGGCCCCCUCCACACGGGAAGGACACGGACCGCCUCACACGCCUCUGCGAGGACAAUAAGGCGUGCGCGGCUGUAUUUGGGAGUCUCGGGUUUCAGGUGUGACUCUUUGUCCUGAAGCUGUUCUUCCCCACGAAGCAGUCGGCCGCCGAACGCAGCGACGUGAGGGAGACGUCUGAAGAAUGAACCACAGCCACCAGGAACCGUCACCAGACGAGUUUGGGAGUCCUGCCCUGUCCAAACAGACGAGGAUCAUCCACUUCUCCAGCGGCGAGACUCUGGAGCAGGAGGACAGUGAGGAGGAGGAGGAGGAGCAGUCAAACAGGCCUCCCUUCAGAGAACCUGCAGACCGGUUGUGUCAUCGGUUUGUAUUCCCUGCUUCUCUCGCAGACGAGGUUGUCAUUCAAGAGUGUGCCCCUGCUGGUCGGGAGGAUUUCAAUGCUGACGUGCGACUUCGUCGGAGAAAGGCUAGCUGGUGCUCUUGGACUGAACGCGGCCAAAUACCAGUACGCCAUAGAUCGGCACCAACGCGACCAGCAGACGGCAAGCAGCCGGGCCAAGGACGACCCGGUGGGGGGCCGGGCCAAGGACGACCCGGCCCCCCACCUCUACCCCGGAGCGGAGGGUCGCGGUCAUUACGGAGCAGCAGGGGGCCCAGGCGGUGAUGACAGACAUGUGGAGACAAGUGAAGGACGUCACAACAGAGCCUAUGAAGCAGAUGAUUGUUAUAAAUAAAAUAGAAAGAGAAAUGA